UCUCAAAGAAAAUAUUUCAGUUCCUUUUAAAUUAAUUAAUUCAUCAUAAAAUGAUUACGUUUGCAAUGAUAAAACCGCACGCAGUUAAGAAUCCAGUUGCAUUGAGUCAUAUAAUGCAGAUUAUCAAAGAUAACAACUUCAAUAUUAUACGAAAAUCUAGGAUUAAGUUCAAUAGGAAAUCAGCAGAAAAGUUUUAUGAGGAACAUCAUGGACGGUUUUAUUUCAACAGACUAGUUACGUUUAUGACGAGUGGUGAGGCUGAGGUUUUAAUAUUAGAACGUGAAAAUGCUAUAACGAAAUGGAGAGAGCUGCUAGGUCCCACAAAAAUAUUCAAAUGCAUUUACAGUCAUCCAAGCAGUAUAAGAGGCUUAUAUGGUUUAACAGAUACACGAAAUGCCUGCCAUGGAUCUGAUUCACCUGAAUCUGUCUCGAAGGAAAUCGAAAAAGUUUUUCCUGGCUUUUAUAGCGAACAAAAAAAUUAAUUAUGUAGAUACAAUGAACGAAUGUGUAGAGGAGCAAAUACUUAUUAAUAUGUUACGGAUAUUUAAUUUGAUGCUUUGAGUACAAUGUCAUUGAUCGUUGAAACUGCAAAUUA